AACGCUACAAGAUUAUAGUCGCACCAUAUAAAAAAGAGGUCUGCCACAAAAUAAUAAAAUGAUAUACAAAACAAUGAUAUGUAUAUGUACUACAACUAAAUCGUAUAAAUAAAAUUUAUAUGAUGUAUUUUAUUAAAAAACCGUAUAUAAUGAUUUGAUAUAUUAGAAAUUGAUGUGUUACAAUUGUAUGUAAUGCAAACAAAUAUAUAAUAUAAAGACAUAGAUAAAACUUUUCUAAAAUGCUCAAAACACUUUUGUUCAUUUAAAAGACAUAUUAUUAGUUAAAUGUUCUCCCAGAAUUUGUCACCUAGUAAUAUUAUUCAAACACAUACCCAAGCAAGUACUCUUAGGCAGACAUUAAAAAAAAUUAAUCAAUUUUUUUUUAAUAGAAAAUUUUAUACAGUAAUUUGAAAUGGGACUGAACAGAAUGUCAGUAUUUACUCAUCCAUAAUAUGUAACUAUAUAUAUUGAAUGUCUUUAGACAGACCUAUUCACAAUGGAAAAAUCUUUUGGUAAUAAUAUUAAAAUAUCCAAAUUAGAAAAACUAAAUUUUCUUCCGGUAAAUAUUAUGUAUUCAUCAAAAGAUUAACGGAAUAUUACAAACCGGUCGAUGUAUCUGUGUUGGACAAAACUGAAAUAAUUAAAACAUGGUCACCAAUUAGUGAAAGACUAAAAGUUGAAGGUUGAUAAGCUUAUAAAUAUUGAAAAGUUGGAUUGACUUUGAACGUGCGAUUGCGCUUUACCGAACUCGACGGUUGACGAUGUAUUGGGAUGUCUCUCUUACGCGGAACAUUAUCCCUUAGAUUUCAGCCGUUGGAUUUGACUCUUAAGAAGAUCCCUUUGACUUGAAUAAAGAAAUAUCAUGAAAGUUGAAACAGCUACCGCGUCCUCCCGUAAGCGAUGACUCGCGUAUAAUAUAAAACGGUGGGCUGUGUUGACCCGGAUUUGAUGGGCCUGGCCCAAUUAAAGGGAAAAGAUGGUCAUGCUUUAUUCACCUAUCGUCGUCUGAAGAGAGGUUGAGGGAGGUCGUGGUUUACCUCACUCAAUUUCGGCUUUUGUCUCCAAACCCUAAUUUGCACCAUUUUCUAUGACACACUAAGAGUGUUUCUGGGUUACUUGUUCUGUCAAAUUUCUGAAAUCUGUUGUUCCUAAUGGGUUCGGAGAAUCAUGUAGUUGUGGAUGUUAGUUCAGACGAGGAGGUCGACCGAGACUACUUGAACUGGCUAAACAAGGCCAACUCCGACAGCGACGAUGUAGUCGAGGUGGUCUCUGAGGUGGAAGGCAGCGUUGAUUCUCAGCUAAAUUCUUUGACUCGAGCAACUUUGGAGGAUGAAGGAGACGAAGAUUGUGUGAUUUUGGACUGUGAUCCCGACAAGACAAGUCCUGCAGUUGAAGCUGAAGCUGAUUGUAAUGAUGACGAGGAGGUGCUUGUAGUGGGGCAAAAGGGUGAGGUUGCGUGUAGAGAUUUCCCUCACCCGCGACACUCGUGUGCUAAGUACUCAUUCAACUCAACAUCACAUGAGAGUUACUGCAACAUGUGUCACUGUUAUGUGUGUGACAUCCCUGCUCCUUGUCCAUACUGGUGUGCCGCCGUCUCCAGCAUAGAUCAUUGUCAUGCUAAUGAUAAAGACAAGACAUGGAUUACUCAACGCGAAUACUUCAGGACCCAUCCAGCUCAGGCUACAGUGUCUCUGGCUCAGAGUAUCAUCCGGUUAUCCCAAAACACUUGGCCAAGGAAUAAGAUUGAGAUCCGGCCUUGCUCAUCAUCAUCCAGCCGUGUUGCUAAUCUGCCAAACGUCAACAGAGGCAGGAAUAGAGUCAGGCAAUCAUUGAGCAUCCAAAAGGAUAGAAGAAGUACUUAUAUAGGUAACUUAAGGUCUCGAGUGGCCUCUUCUGGAACUCGGCCCAUUGCUAAAGUUUCACGAUCCACCCCUUCCCUAGUGGCUCCAACAAUAAACCCACAAAUGUACACUCAACAACGCAAUUGUCAGCUCAACGUUGCUGAUUAUUGUCAGAGGAGCAAUGCAGAUGUGUUUCGUCUACCUGAGUGGGGUUCACAAGCAGAGACUGUUCAACAGCAACCGGGAACUAACGAAAACGUCUUGCAGACCAAACUGUCGGAAGUUGAGAGCUGGCUCAUGGACAGUUGUAACCAAGCCAGCCUGGUUAUCCCGUUGCCUGAACCGGUAGCUGAAGACAAUGUGACAUUCGAUUUCGAAACCUUCCUGAAUGAUUGAAAUCAUUAAUGUAAUUUGUAUCUUCCUUAGGAAGCCAGCUUUUCGUAAGUAUUAUUGUAGGGUGAGUUUAGAUAAGUGAAAUCACCAUUAUUAGCUGUUAUUACAACUUAGACGUGUUAUUUACUAUCUAAAGACCGAACAAAUAUAUAUAUUGUUAGAUUUGGUU